CUCCAAUCCAAUUGCAAAAAACAACUCAUUCAUUCUUUCUCUAUUUGUUUUUGUAAACAAUGGUAGCUGAUUUUACGAAAGGAAAAAAGAUAACAAUUUUGAGUAUCGAUGGAGGAGGUAUUAGAGGCAUUAUUCCUUCUAUCAUCCUAGCUUUUCUCGAGUUGAAGCUUCAGGAAUUGGAUGGUCCUGAUGUGAGAAUAGCAGAUUAUUUUGAUGUAAUUGCUGGUACAAGCACAGGUGGUUUGGUCACUUCUAUGCUUACAGCUCCUGACAAGAAUAAUCGACCUCUAUAUACUGCAAGCGAUCUUGCCCUAUUUUAUAUAGAACAUGCACCAAAAAUCUUCCCACAGAGAAACUAUUUCCUGUGUUCAUUGGUGAAUUUUUUUGGCAAAGUUAUGGGUCCAAAAUAUGAUGGACUAUACUUGAGGUCAUUGAUAAAGGGAUUGCUUGGAGACAUAACACUAAAACAAACACUAACACAAGUUGUUAUUCCAGCUUUUGACAUCAAGCUUCUCCAGCCUGUGAUUUUCUCUACAAUCGAUGCUAAAUGUAGUGAGUUAAAGAAUCCAAAACUAGCGGAUGUAUGCAUCAGUACCUCAGCUGCACCAACAUUCUUACCUGGCUAUGAAUUUCAAACCAAAGAUUCCAAAGGAAAUAUUCGAAACUAUGAAAUGGUUGAUGGUGGAGUUGCAGCUAAUAAUCCUACAUUAGCUGCAAUGACUCAUGUGACAAAAGAGAUGAGUAUAUUGAGACACAGAAGUGAACUUUUGAAGAUAAAACCCAUGGAAACAAAAAGAAUGUUGGUUCUAUCUUUAGGGACAGGUACACCUAAAAAUGAUGAGAAGUACAGUGCAGCUAAAGCUUCAAAAUGGGGUAUGCUUGAUUGGGUUUAUCAUGGAGGAGCAACACCAAUUGUUGAUAUUUUUAGUGAUGCAAGUGCUGAUAUGGUGGAUUAUCAUAUUUCUAGCAUCUUCCAGUCUGAUCAUUGUCAUAAAAAUUAUCUUCGUAUUCAGGUAUAUAUAUUUAUAUAUAUAGCUCUUUAUUCUUCGUUUAGUUAUUUGUGUAUAGUUAAUAAAAAGGUUGAGAUUAUAAUUCAUUUAAUUGAGGAUUUGCACAAACAGGAUGACACAUUGAGUGGUGAGGUAUCAUCUGUGGACAUUGCCACCGCAGAGAAUUUGCUAAAGCUAAUCUAUGUUGGAGAGGAUUUGCUAAAGAAACCAUUGUCAAGGGUGAAUUUGGAAUCCGGAAAGUUUGAACCACUUGAUGCCCAAGGAACAAAUGAACAAGCUCUUACUGAAUUUGCUAAAAUGUUAUCCGAUGAGAGAAAACUACGUUUGAGUCCUUGACACUCAACUUUUUUCAAUUUAAUUAUUUCCAUGGCUUCAUAAUAAUUCAUGUCUUGUGUUUAAUCCUUCUUCCACUUUACUUUAUUACUAUUUACAAAUUUUCAAUAUGGAAUAAAAGUAGAGUGCUUUUUUUAA